ACUUUUGGAGGUUCAAGCUUUUAGUCUUUUACCAUGAAGAAACCAUGCCGUAACCUACCCGUCACGAGAGCUCACAAUCACAAGUUUUACUAACAGAAGAUGCUCGCCAAAAAGAGAAGAGGAAGACCAAGUAAAACCGCCGGCAAGGAAACAAGCCAAGUUGACACAGAGCAGAAUCAGGAUGCUGAUUCUUCAAAGGCCGACAAACUCGAAGAAAAAAACACUUUUGUGGAUAAAAACUGCAAAAGAGUCCCCUCGCAAAUUUCAACCAGAGGGAAAGAAAAUGAACAGGCUGACUCCCAGCCUCCAGAAGGUCAAAGGAAGAGAAGGAUGACAGAACAGUCUCAAGUUGAGGCAGAGAAUGUAACUGUAAAAGAAGAAACUGUCCCAAAGAAAAGAGGCAGGCCUAGGAAGUCAGAACAGCAAACUACUAAUCCAGGUAGUACCAUUGCAAAAGAUACACCGGUUCCUACUGUAGGAAGGCUAAGGAAGAGUUCAAGGAUUCUGGGCGAUGCUGACAAACAAAUUGACAAAACUAAAAAACCAAGAAGAAAUAACACUCUCAAAAAUGACAAUUCAGAAGACACAACACAAAUCAUUGAAAAAAGACGAAGCACUAAUGCGCAGUCGGAGAUACCGAAAAAUUUGGAAGAAGAAAACAACAUAGAAGACGUCGAACCUGAUUCUGAAAAAAUGAAAGCUCCUUCACUUGAUAUCAACGAGCCAAGAGCUAAAAAACAAAGAGGAAGACCUAAAAAAGUAUCCAAGGCUUCAGAAAAUUCAAAUAGGCAAAAAGAUGAAAAUGAUACGAAUAAGAAAGAAUAUCCGCACGUUGUAUCUGAUGAUGAAAUACCGAAAAAGAGAAAACAGCUCAACCAAACUACGGAUGAAAUGAAUAAGGCUGAUAGCAAUGCUGAAAUUAAAGAAGAGAUACCAGUUAGGAAGGAGAAGAAAUCAGGACGGGUGAGAAAGUCGAUGAUAAGGUACUCCCAGUCGAAUUUGGACGAGACACAUACUGUAUACUCACGGAUUGAUCUGUUUUCAAAAAUUAAAAAUCCUAACCAAAUUGUGCAGUGCGAAAUUUGCAAAGAAUCAAUGCCAGUGAUCAAUUAUCAGAAGGUGCACAUGGCAAAACACAACUAUCUAUGCUGGCUCAAAGAUGAAGACCCUAUUGAUAUUGAGAAUGAAAUUCUAGUGGAGAGGAUUCUUACCCGUAUCAAGUUGUACAGUCCGAAAAUCAUCUUCAAAUGUCCUGUUUGCCAAAAUGUAAAGAAGAGUGCAAGAGGAUUUAUAAGUCAUCGUCAAUUCUGCGGGAAAACUGAACAAGAGAGAAUAAAAAUGAUGGUCACCUGCGAGCAGUGCGGCAGGAUGUUGAUGCCUUCAAGCAUGGAUUCGCAUGUCUACUUGAACCACCAUCCGGACAACAAGAAAUCUGAAGAGAAAAUUGAAAUUACAGGAUCAAGAAAAGCCGCAGAAAAAUGCUUGAAAAACAUUUCUUUGUUUACAUCUGAUACAGCACCUAAGGAUAAAGAUUCUCAAGAACAAUUUAAUCCCGAUGAUGAUUUGAGUGAGUUUUAUACCGCUGUGAAAUUACGUGCUAAAGACUUUUCAAAUCAGUGGAGACAGGCAUUUCUAAAAGAUGAAAUUGUUACAUGCCCUUGUUCAAAUUGUGAUUUCAAGGCAGAACGUUUGCAAGAAAUGAAAAAACACUUUCGCAAUUGUUCUGUUCACGCCAAGACAUUCCAGUGUACAGAAUGUGAAUUUUCAGCACCAGAUGAACCUCAGAUCACAGCCCAUAUUAAAAACCUUCAUUUAGGCAAUGUUACACUUGCAAGGCAAAAGUCAAAAGAAAAUUCAAAUGAAGAGGAUGUUAAGGAUAAUUGUCUUCCGAGUAUCCCAUUUCUCAGAAAUACUGAGAGAACCUUCAGCCACAGUAGGAUCCGCAGUAAAUUUUUCUCACCGGCAUUAAAAUGGACGAAAGAGAUGCGCAAUAUCCACUUUUCUCAAGAAGAAUUGUAUUCAGACUUAGCAGUCAAUAUGGACUGGGAAUUUUUAGAGCAUGACCAGGUUGAAAAAUACAUUCAGCAUGAGCAAAAGUCAAUUAAAGUAACAUUCAACGGUGAAGAUUGGUUUGCAAUGAACAAAUAUGAAUCAUCAUUGACACAUGAUCAUGCGGCUUUUAUAUUUUGUGGCGGACCCAUUUUCGCUCUUGGCUGGGCUCCUGGGAACAACAGGCAGUUCCUGGCGAUUGGGGCUCACCUGUCAAUGUCCGAUUUCUACCAAGUGUCUUCCACCUGUUCUGGUCCCGGAAACAUCCAGAUUUGGUCGUUCGGAGAUCUGGCGAACACCAAGCAAACUUCAUUCGUGGGUACGAGGCUUGAAUAUUUAAUAUGUCACGACUUCGGUGGCGCAUGGGCAUUGGAGUGGUGUCCAGUCGGAUGCCAGAAUGACAAAAGAAUGGGCCUCCUUGCAGUGGCAUCCGCCAGUGGUUCUAUCCCAUUGUUUUCGGUUCCUCAGCCAAAAGCCUCCAGUGAAAUUAGAUUUCCUGCUUGUAAACCUCAGCCUGUUUUAAUUUUAGAAUUAGGACCUUAUGAAAAAUAUCAGUGCACCAGAAUAAGUUGGUCUAAAGUAAAACCUCACAGGACGAUAGCAGGUGGAUUUGUCAAUGGUUACAUUGCACUUUGGGACCUCUUGUCAACCUCUUCUCUUCUGAGACGUGGAAAGAUUCUUUAUCCUUUUAAAGUAUUUCAAGCGCACUAUUCCAUCAUUACCGGACUUAUGUUUAGCCCAAUGAGUGAUACACACCUUGUCAGCUGUGCACAUGAUAAAUUUUUGAAAUACUGGGACUUGAAGGACACAACAGCUCCACAAAGCAAAAACUGGCGUAAUUUAUCUACAGAUGUAACGUGGCUUCAACAUUGGAUGACCUGUGCUACAGCUGUAGAUAAUAUUUAUUCGGCUGGAGAAAGCACAAUGAUUUUUAAUAGUAUUAGAGAUUUUGUUUAUGAACCUCAGUCAUUUAUUGCGAAUGUUGAUUCUUCAGCUUUG